ACUAUCAGUGCUUCUUCGCAGUUCAUUUUUCACCUACCUGGGAUUUACUUAUUUUAUCGCAAAAUUUCUUUACGGUUUUUGAUAAAGGGAAGGGUUUCUUUGCUUCCGGAAAGAUGUAUUGUGGCUCGAUGUAUCUGUGGAAUAACUCAACAACAAACAUGACGGACUCAAAAUACUUCACCACAACGAAGAAGGGAGAGAUUUUCGAGUUAAAGUCCGAGCUCAAUAAUGAUAAGAAGGAAAAGAAGAAGGAGGCCGUAAAGAAAGUGAUUGCCAGCAUGACGGUGGGAAAGGACGUUUCUGCCCUCUUUCCUGACGUUGUCAACUGCAUGCAAACGGAUAAUCUGGAGUUGAAGAAACUCGUCUAUCUGUAUCUGAUGAACUACGCCAAAUCCCAGCCUGACAUGGCAAUAAUGGCCGUGAAUACGUUUGUCAAGGAUUGCGAAGAUUCUAAUCCACUAAUUCGAGCUCUUGCUGUACGUACAAUGGGAUGCAUUCGUGUGGACAAGAUAACUGAGUAUCUGUGUGAACCAUUGAGAAAAUGUCUCAAGGAUGAGGAUCCGUAUGUAAGAAAGACAGCUGCAGUUUGUGUAGCUAAACUUUAUGACAUUUCCUCUUCAAUGGUGGAAGAUCAAGGCUUUCUGGAUCAACUAAAAGAUCUCCUAUCGGACUCCAAUCCGAUGGUUGUUGCAAAUGCCGUUGCGGCUCUCAGUGAGAUAAACGAGGCUAGCCAGUCAGGACAGCCAUUGGUGGAGAUGAAUUCUGCCACCAUCAAUAAACUCCUGACGGCCCUCAAUGAGUGCACUGAGUGGGGUCAGGUGUUUAUUCUUGAUUCACUUGCAAACUACAGUCCAAAGGAUGAGCGCGAGGCGCAGUCAAUUUGCGAGAGAAUCACCCCAAGAUUGGCUCAUGCGAAUGCCGCUGUUGUCCUGAGUGCAGUCAAGGUGCUGAUGAAGCUCCUCGAGAUGCUCUCAAGCGACAGUGACUUUUGUGCUACAUUAACUAAAAAAUUGGCCCCACCCCUCGUAACGCUACUCUCUUCUGAGCCAGAGGUGCAAUAUGUGGCACUCCGGAAUAUUAAUCUCAUUGUGCAGAAACGUCCGGAUAUCCUCAAGCACGAAAUGAAAGUCUUCUUCGUCAAAUACAAUGAUCCAAUCUAUGUGAAAUUGGAAAAGUUGGAUAUUAUGAUUCGUCUGGCAAAUCAAGGCAAUAUUGCUCAAGUUCUCAGUGAACUGAAGGAGUAUGCCACGGAAGUUGAUGUAGACUUUGUAAGGAAGGCCGUACGGGCAAUUGGACGGUGUGCUAUUAAAGUUGAACCAUCAGCUGAACGUUGUGUCUCAACGCUCCUCGAUCUUAUCCAGACGAAGGUUAACUAUGUUGUCCAGGAAGCUAUUGUCGUCAUAAAAGAUAUUUUCCGGAAGUAUCCAAAUAAGUAUGAAAGUAUCAUCAGUACUCUAUGUGAAAAUCUUGACACUCUGGAUGAACCAGAGGCACGUGCAUCAAUGGUGUGGAUUAUUGGGGAAUACGCCGAAAGGAUUGACAAUGCCGAUGAAUUACUCGAUAGCUUCUUAGAGGGCUUUCAAGAUGAGAAUGCUCAGGUGCAGCUGCAACUACUUACAGCUGUUGUAAAGCUCUUCCUGAAGCGUCCAGCAGAUACACAAGAAUUGGUUCAGCAUGUCCUUUCGCUAGCUACUCAGGAUAGUGAUAAUCCUGACUUGAGAGAUCGUGGAUUUAUCUACUGGCGUUUGCUUUCAACCGAUCCAGCUGCUGCAAAGGAAGUUGUGCUUGCGGAUAAGCCCCUCAUCUCGGAGGAAACAGAUUUGCUGGAGCCCACCCUUCUUGAUGAGUUGAUUUGUCACAUUUCCUCCUUGGCUAGUGUCUACCACAAGCCUCCGACAGCAUUUGUUGAGGGACGCAGUGCUGGAAUUCGCAAAUCACUUCCCAAUCGCCAGGGAUCAGCGGAGGAUGGUGCUCAUGCAGUUAAUGAGGCUACGGUGAUUCCCAAUCAAGAUUCUCUCAUUGGGGAUUUGUUAUCAAUGGACAUUGGUGUACCUAUGGCACAAGGAGCCCCGGAACCCGUUACAAGCAAUGUGGAUCUUCUAGGAGGAGGAUUGGAUAUCUUGCUUGGAGGUGGUGGCAGCGGCCCAACUGAAACAAAUGCCGCUGGCGGGUCAGGAUUAUUGGGUGAUAUCUUUGGAAUAUCCGGAAGUACCUCAGCAAUGAUUCAAAUUCCAAAGAUUGUAUGGCUACCGGCGGAGAAGGGGAAAGGUCUCGAGAUUCUGGGAACAUUCUCACGGCGAGGUGGUCAGGUCUUCAUGGAUAUGACAUUUACAAAUAAGGCUAUGCAAGCCAUGACAGGAUUCGCCAUUCAGCUCAAUAAGAAUAGCUUUGGAAUUCUCCCAGCUGCCCCACUUCAAGUGGGUCCACUCCAGCCAUCACAGAGCUUGGACACAUCCUUACAAUUGGCCACAACAGGACCCGUUCAGCGUAUGGAGCCACUAAAUAAUCUCCAAGUGGCCAUUAAGAACAACGUGGAUAUUUUCUACUUUGCCUGCCUCGUGCAUGCCAAUGCGCUAUUUUCGGAGGAUGGACAACUGGACAAGAGGGUGUUUCUGACAACCUGGAAAGAGAUCCCAGCUGCUAAUGAGGUGCAGUACAAUCUGUCUGGAGUUCAUGGAUCGGCUGAUAGUAUUGCUGCAAAGAUGACGGCAAAUAACAUCUACACAAUUGCCAAAAGGAAUGUCGAGGGACAGGAUAUGCUGUAUCAAUCCUUGAAGUUGACCAACAACAUUUGGGUUCUGCUAGAGCUGAAACUACAACCAGGAAAUCCCGAUGCAACACUGAGUCUCAAGACGAGAUCCGUGGAAGUAUCAUCGAUGAUCUUCACAGCAUAUGAAAGCAUUAUAAGAUCUCAGUAAGAUAUAAUCCGCACUGAGGGGCUUUAAGCAAAACAAAAAAAAAUCUCGUAAAUAGCUGCAUUCCACCCUCCUUUGCAAAUGAGAUGUCGCGUAAGUUAAAACUCUAAAUAAAAUAUUAUCUUAAAGUAAUGAUCUUUCAUCCGAAUUUUUGGGGGGUUUGCAUACCCACCAAUAAUUUAGAACAAAUUGUAAUGAAUUAAUAUUGUAUUCAAUUGUGGAUUUCAUGUACCACAUGUUAUUAUGAUAUAAAAUAUAUGCGAUUAAUAUU